AUGGCUCUUCGUCGGCAGGGUAGUGGAAAUUCAAACUUCAGCCAUCAAGAAAGUGAUUUUGAAUUGUAUGAAAGUAAUCGAGAGACGUUACGACGAGAUGCGGAGCGUUCCGCAGCCUUACAACUUGAGCGAGCUAAAUAUAAGCCGGUAGCUUUUGCUGUUUGUACAAAUGUGGAAUUUGAUGGAACUUUGGAUGAUGAUUCGCCUGUGCAUGGUUGUGCUGUAUCUUUUAAGAUUAAAGAUUUCCUGCACAUUAAAGAGAAGUAUAAUAACGAUUGGUGGAUAGGACGCUUGGUGAAGGAAGGUCACGAACUUGGAUUCAUUCCAUCUCCAGUUAAGCUUGAAAACAAUCGACAGCAAAAUACAAAAGGAUCGAAAUUCAAGCAAUCUGCAAGUAGCGCAAAUUUGGGUACCCUAGAUGAAAUGAUGCCAAGAAGUGCUUCCCGCGACUCAACACCUCCUACGCCAGGUGGUGAAUUGGAUGAGGAAGAUUAUGUACAUGGCAAAAAAUUGACAGAUAUGGUUUCUACUCCAUCUUACGCCAAAGAAAAAAAAAAGCUAAUGUUUAAGAAACAAGAAAAUAUUCCUCCUUAUGAUGUUGUGCCUUCGAUGCGACCUGUCGUCAUUGUUGGCCCAUCGUUGAAAGGAUAUGAAGUGACCGAUAUGAUGCAAAAAGCUGUUUUUGACUAUCUCAAGCAUCGAUUCGAAGGAAGGAUAAUUAUCACAAGAGUUACUGCGGAUAUAUCGUUAGCAAAACGGACAUUGCUGAAUAAUCCAUCAAAACGAGCAACGAUGGAACGAGUUAAUUCAAAGACAAGUAACAGUUUAGCUGAAAUUCAAGCAGAAAUUGAAAGGAUAUUUGAAUUAGCUCGAUCUAUGCAGUUAGUCGUAUUAGAUUGUGAUACAAUCAACCAUCCAUCGCAGCUCUCCAAAACAUCCCUAGCACCUAUUCAUGUGUAUAUCAAAAUUAGCUCACCUAAAGUCCUUCAAAGGCUGAUAAAAUCAAGGAAUAAAUCACAAACACGAAAUAUGAAUGUACAAAUGGUAGCAGCCGAGAAGUUGGCUCAGUGUCCACCUGAGAUGUUUGAUGUUCUGCUUGAUGAAAAUCAACUGGAAGAUGCAUGUGAACAUUUGGCUGAUUAUUUAGAAUCAUAUUGGAGAGCAACGCAUCCACCAGUGAAAUCACCACCUAGAAUCAAACGUAACCCUAUGGAAAAUCGUGGUCCACCAACGUUGUUUACGCCAUCACAAAUGAUGCAGGGCAUGGAGCAUGGAUCAGUGUUGCCAUCAUCAGUGGUUAAUUCACCAAAUAUGAAUAUUCAGCCGAUAAUUCACCAGAGAAAUAGCCCGCAGCAUCAACGAGUACCUCCAAUGUCUAUCCCACCUGUACAGUAUGACGGAGCGAUGCAAAAUUCCGGGUUCUAUCAGAAACCAUCGCAACCAUCAGUACCAGUACAUAAUUUGUCUCAAAGACCCGUUUUGCAACGUGAAAAUACUCAUUAUUAUGACGACUAUGAUGAGGAAGAUUUUCAACGUGACUUGAGAGGUGCAGGGGUUAGUAGUGGUGGUGCUGGUUACGAAUUCCACAAUAAUUAUUAA